UGAAUAUGGGAAACUGCCGGCUGCGCACUGCGAGAGAAUGAGAAAGGGAGGGGAAGAGCGAGAGAGUCAGAGAUAGGAAAAAAGAAAAAAGCUGCAGUUGAGCUGUGCGUGUUUCACCUUGUGAAAAACAGGAAGAUAGGCGUUGUAACCCACCUGCUCCGUAUUGUCUGUCGCGUUAGACGACCCCGAAGACGCCGGGCCGACUGUACCCCUCCUCGCAUGGCCAAGGAACUUCAUGAACUAUCUGCCUGGUGGAUUCGAGUCUUAGAAAUAAAACCUUUUUGAUUUUCUGAGACAGAUGACCGAUGCAAUUACAAUCCGACACAGCUGAAAGCAUACACACAAAGAUGACAUGCCCACCCACCACCCUUGAUGUCCCAAGCAUGGAGGAGGGUCACAGGAAAUAAGCAACUCAAGGUGACACCAGGUCCAUAUGGUUCUGCUUGUGUGUGGACCCUGCCAUGCCUCCCGCUAUGACCGAUAUCCUGGACAUUUGGGCGGCCGACUCACAGCUCUCCAAUGAGGACUAUGUCUCUGUGGACUUCCUGCUCCCCACUGGUAUCUACAUCCAGAUGGAGGUGCCCCGCGAAGCCACCAUACAGCACAUUAAGCUGCUCCUAUGGAAGCAGGCGCAGUCCUACCCCCUGUUCAGCUUCCUGGGGGAGAUGGAGUCCCACAUGUUCGAGUGUGUGAACCAGUCCGCCGUUCACGAGGAGCUGGAGGACGAGACGCGGCGACUCUGUGACGUCCGGCCCUUCCUGCCUGUGCUCAAGCUGGUCACCCGCAACUGCGGCCGCGCUGAGCGCCUGCUGGACUCCAAGAUCGGCGUGCUCAUCGGGAAAGGUCUCCAUGAGCUGGACGCUCUCCAGGACCAGGAGGUGAAGGACUUCCGCUCCAAGAUGCAGCGCAUCAGCGAGGAGAAGAUGCAGCGCAUGCAGAUGAUGACCUGGAUGGAGUGGCUGCAGAGCUGCUUCUCUCCGCAGCUGGAGAGCGGGGCCGCCGAGGGGCCACAGGACAGGGCCUGCGAGGCCACCCUGAAGGUCACCAUGCACUUCGACCAGUCCCAGGACACAGCCAGCCUGAAGGUGUCCCCCUACAUCACGCCCAACGAGCUGACGGAGCAGGCGGUGCGGAAGUGGCUGACCACUCACGGGCCGGAGGAGGAGGGCAGCUGCAGCGAGUACGUGCUGCGCGUCAGUGGCAAGCUGGAGUUCCUGUUCGGGGACCGCUCCCUCAUCCACUACAAGUACAUAAAGACGUGCAUGAUGGCGAAGGAGAGCCCCCACCUCACCCUGGUGCAUAACAGCACAGUUAAGGCUAUGUUUGAGAAGGAGAUCACGGCCAUCGGAGCAGUGGUCAACCGCAAGACCUCCAACCCUCCGCUGCCUCUGCCGCCCAAGAGGAGAGGACCAUCUCAAAUGCAGAUGUGCGUGUGGGACGUCCAGGCGCCGUUUAAGAUUGUGUUGGUCAAAGGAAGCAAGGUCAACGCGGAGGAGACGGCCAAGGUGCAGGUGCGGGCGGGGCUGUUCCAUGGCACGGAGCUCCUGUGCAAGCCGGCCGUGAGCCUCGAGAGCAGCGGGCGAAGUGAGCACGUGUGGAAAUGCACGCUGGACUUCGACAUCUCCGUCAGCGACCUGCCGCGCAUGGCCCGCCUCUGCUUCGCCAUCUACGCCGUCAUGGACAAGGUCAAGAAGCAGAGGUCCACCAAGAACACCCACGCCAACAAGUCCCAGACCAUCCGCAAGGCCGGAAAAGUGCACUAUCCUAUUGCCUGGGUCAACACCAUGGUGUUCGACUACCGAGGACAGCUGAAGACCGGAGACAUCACUCUGCACAGCUGGUCUUCCUUUCCUGAUGAACUUGAAGAGAUGCUGAAUCCCAUUGGCACUAUACAGACCAACCCAUACACUGAGAAUGCUACUGCUUUGCACAUCCAGUUCCCUGAGUACUCCUCCUGCCCUGUCAUCUUCCCUCCAUUCGACAAGAUAUUGGAAAAAGCUGCAGAGAUUGCCCGUGGCAGUGACUGCAUGCCUAUGGUGGGGCGAGGGGGUAAGAAGUUCCAUAUUGAGCUGAAGGAGAUCAUGGAGAGGGAUCCCCUGUCCCAGCUGUGUGAGAAUGAAAAGGACCUCAUCUGGACACUACGCUACGACUGCAGGGAGAACUUCCCCCAGUCCCUUCCCAAGCUGCUGCUGUCUGUCAAAUGGAGCAAACAUGAGGAUAUGGCACAGCUCCAGGCUCUGCUGCAGAUCUGGCCCAAGCUGAGCCCUCGGGACGCCCUGGAGCUGCUAGACUUUAACUACCCCGACCAGUACGUGCGGGAGUACGCUGUGGGCUGCCUGAAGGACAUGAGCGACGAGGAGCUGUCCCAGUACCUCCUGCAGCUGGUCCAGGUGUUGCGCUAUGAACCCUACUAUGACUGCGCCCUGUCCCGCUUCCUGCUGGAUCGCGCCCAGGCCAACCGCAAAAUCGGACACUUCCUGUUCUGGCAUUUGAGGUCGGAGAUCCACAUGCCCGCCGUCUCUGUGCAGUUUGCCCUGAUUCUGGAGGCCUACUGUCGUGGAAGCAUCCCUCAUAUUGAGGUCCUUAAGAAACAGGUGGAGGCGUUGAACAAGCUGAAGGCGGUGAACGAGCUGAUCAAACUGGGCACCAUAAAAAACGCCCGCAACAAGACCAAGGAGGCCAUGCUGACCAAAGAAGCCAUGAUGACAUGUCUGAGACAGACGGGCUACGCCGAAACGCUGUCCGACCUGCACUCCCCUCUCAACCCCAGUGUCCUCCUCUCAGGGAUCAACGUGGAGAAGUGCAGAUACAUGGACUCAAAAAUGAAGCCCUUGUGGAUUGUGUAUAACAACAAGCUGCUGGGGGGCGACACGCUGGGAAUCAUCUUCAAGAACGGAGACGACCUGCGGCAGGACAUGCUCACCCUACAGAUCUUGCGCUUGAUGGAUCUGCUGUGGAAGGAGGCCAACUUGGACCUCAGAAUUGUGCCUUACGGCUGCCUAGCAACAGGGGACCGCUCCGGGCUGAUCGAGGUGGUCUCUGCAGCGGAGACCAUCGCGAACAUUCAGCUGACCAGCUGCAACGUGGUGGCCACAGCUGCCUUCAACAAGGACGCCCUGCUCAACUGGCUCAAGGAGAAGAACUCUGGAGAUGCUCUGGACCGCGCCAUUGAGGAGUUUACCCUGUCGUGUGCAGGCUACUGUGUAGCCACCUACGUGUUGGGCAUCGGGGACCGGCACAGCGACAACAUCAUGGUGCGGAGCACUGGGCAGCUCUUUCACAUCGACUUUGGACAUAUCCUCGGGAACUUCAAAUCUAAGUUCGGGAUCAAAAGGGAACGGGUCCCUUUCAUCCUCACGCACGACUUCAUCCACGUCAUCCAGCAGGGCAAGACGAGCAACACUGAGAAGUUCGGCAGUUUUCGACAGUACUGUGAGGAGGCCUACCUCAUCCUCAGGAGAAAUGGAAACCUCUUCAUCACCCUGUUUGCCCUGAUGCUCACCGCCGGACUGCCAGAGCUCACCUCCGUCAAAGACAUCCAGUAUUUGAAGGACUCGCUGGCCCUGGGGAAGACGGACGAGGAGGCGCUCAAGCAGUUCCGGCAGAAGUUCGACGAGGCGCUGAGAGAGAGCUGGACCACCAAAGUGAACUGGAUGGCGCACAACGUGGCCAAAGACAACCGGUCCUAGCGCCGGGCGGCAGACCGCUGAGCAAACAGGGCUGUAAAGAAGGGAAGCGAGGGGGCGGAGCACCCUGCCAGUGACCCCAGACCUGCACUCUAAGCUACUCCUGCUUCCUCAUGGACCCUGCCCGGGACAACACCUGCUGUUCCUUUCCCCCUCCCUCAUCCUGUGACAUAUCUGUGCGUAGUGGGUAAUCGGAGAGUUGCUGAAUUUGCACGCUGGUAGAGGGUGCUGCUGGUCCCGUUAGGUCCCUGUGUCGUGUUGUAAAUGAGCACCCACGGGAGAGGGAUGGCAAACUGUCUGCUCUCACAUGACGAGUUACACUGUAGCGAUUCCCCCGGGAUCCGAGGCUUUAUCUGAGCUGGAGUCAAAGAGAAAAAUAGGGGAUUGAACAACAGAGUUGCAGAACCGCUGGAGCUCUGUGUAGCAUUGAAGAUCUCAUGCAGAGAAAGAAUGUCUACUGAGGUCAGAGGUCAUAGGUCACUGGGUGAGCUACAAAGGAGACCUGCUCACCGUUGAGAUCGGAAGGGGUCGGUACCUCCCUCUUCAUCCGAAGGGCUGGUGACCAGCACAGUUCAUGGACACAGUUUAAAAAAAUCCGUGUCUUAAACGACGACAAAAUGUACACACCUUAGCAAAGUGCAUUUUCUAACUGUUCACUGCAAUGCCUCUUUUUUGGAAGAUUACAAAUGCGUGCCUCAGACUGUGGGGAUUUUUUUUUUUUGUUUGUUUUUUUUUUUUUUUUUUUUAAGAUGUGUAUGUGCCAGACUACUUCACAAGCACCGCGAAACGGAGAGCCCUGAGCCUUGGUCCGGGUUCAGAUCGCGGGCGCCAACCGGACCGCUAAACACUGGAAUAUUAAACCGCAGAGACACUGCUGAGUCUGGUUCAGAACAUUUCACCCCAGAGAGGAGUGGCUUUUGAACAUGUAUUUUCACUUAACACUUUUAAAAGUGCUUUUAAAAUGAAGAUUUUAAAGAUCGUUUGUGUGAGACUGGGAGUGUGGAAGCAGAAAGCAUGUUGCCAGGUUUUUUGAGCUGUUUACCGGCCCCAUUCAAAUGUUGAGCUCUGUGAUCAGCCCUAAAUGGGGGAGGAAGUGUCACAGGCCCGGGGUUCAAAGGUCACAUUGCUUGGGUUUAAGUCUGGGUGGGUCUUGCUGCUUCGGAUCCUUUAACAGAGCUCUGAGGUGUCAUGGGAGAUACUCCCAUUCUCUAACUGUCCCCACUUUUAAAUAGGAAAUCAUCUAAUGUCGUUUGCUGAAUGCCAAUAAUAAUCAUUUUGCUGAUAAUAAUAAUUACAGAAAAAUAAUUCACAUAACAUGAAUUUAGGACCAAAAUGAAACAAACCAGUCACUUUUGUUUAACUGUGACUUUUUUCUGCUCAAAGGGGAAUGUAUGUCAUAAAAUGUGGAAUAUGUGGAUUUUAAAUUGUAUGAGUUUUAUAUCAGCAGAUAUGGGUGGUACUGUGGUGCAGUUGAGACCAACUGGUUAGAGCUGCCAGCCAGAAAGCAUUAUGAACCAUUUAGUUUGAAUGUUUCAAAGCUACUUGUUUUUUUAUGAGGUGCUCUUCCAACAUCUGCAUUUGAUUUUGUGCAAUAUACAUAUAUAAAUAUAUAAAUAUGAACCAAGGCUUUCCAAGUCUGCCUGUAAUGUAUAUUUCAGUGGGUUCUUUUGUGAUGCUGCUGUACUUUGCACCGGUAGCCUUGAAUUCUUCUUGUAGACACUGAAUAUUUUCAAAUGUACAGGCUUUGUUUGGUAGAUGUAUUUCAUAGGAGUUUUAUUAAAGUUAUUUUACAUUUAACUUAUUUU